GGUUGUACUGAGCGUUUUGUGUCCAGUCCGGAGGAGGUGAUGGACGUCAUUGAUGAGGGCAAAGCCAAUCGACACGUGGCAGUGACUAACAUGAAUGAGCACAGCUCUCGCAGCCACAGCAUCUUCCUCAUCAACAUCAAGCAGGAAAACAUGGAGACAGAGAAGAAACUGUCGGGGAAGCUCUACCUGGUCGACUUGGCGGGCAGCGAGAAGGUCAGUAAGACAGGAGCAGAGGGGGCUGUAUUGGAUGAGGCCAAGAACAUCAACAAAUCCCUGUCAGCGCUGGGAAACGUCAUCUCAGCUCUAGCCGAGGGAACAAAAACCCACGUGCCGUACAGAGACAGUAAGAUGACUCGGAUCCUGCAGGACUCUCUGGGGGGAAACUGUCGCACCACCAUUAUCAUCUGCUGCUCGCCGUCCGUCUACAACGAGGCCGAGACCAAGUCCACACUCAUGUUUGGACAGAG